CACCAAGAAGUGGGAGGAGCUGGCCAGGGCCACUGAGGGGCCUUCGAGGGCUGUGGGAAGGCGCUGUGUGGGGCAGGGCUCUGCCCCCCUGGAGCUGGGCUUUUGUGGGGACAGUGCCCAGCCUAACCCACGGAAACACCGUUCUACCGUGGCUCUUGAUACGAAGCCCGUCCUCACAGGAGCAGGCUGCGAUGGCUGUCCAAGUGCCCCUGCACACGGCGCUGUCCCUGCUGAGUCUGCUCUUCCUGGCUCAAGGUGCCCACGGCGGUGGCCCCCGGGAAGACUUCCGCUUCUGCGGGCAGCGGAACCAGACGCAGAAGAGCAGCCUCCGCUAUGAGCGGACACCGGAGCGGCACAUCGCCAUCAGGAACUCGGAGGAGGUCCUCACCAUCCGCGCCCCCUUCCCUGCGGCCCCAGAAGCAUCCCGGCUCUUCCCGGACCCCAGGGGCCUCUACCACUUCUGCCUCUACUGGGACCGCCACGCGGGGAAGUUUCACCUUCGCUAUGGCAGGCAGGACUACCUGCUGAGCGACCAGGCCUCUGGCCUGCUCUGCUUCCGGCACCAGGAGGAGAGCCAGGGCCGGGGACCCCCACUGCUGGCCACCUCCGUCAGGUCCUGGUGGAGCCCGAAGAACAGCAGCCUUCCCGGGGCCUCAGGCUUCACCUUCUCCUUCCAUGACCCCCCUCAGAAGGCCUCCCCCAAUGCCUCAGUGGACAUGUGUGAGCUGAAGCGGGACCUGCAGCGGCUCAGCCAGCUCUUGAAGCUGCCGCACAAGGCCUCCCGCAGGCCGCCGGCCACCGUUGCCAGCCAGCACCUGCAGAGCCUGGAGUCAAAGCUGUCCUCGGUGAGGUUCCCGGGGGACGUGCUGUCCUUCGAGGAGGAACGGGUCAAUGCCACAGUGUGGAAGCUGCAGCCCACGGCUGGCCUCCAGGACCUGCACAUUCACUCCCGGGAGGAGGAGGAGCAGAGUGAGGUGCUGGAGUACUCGGUGCUGCUGCCCCGCGUGCUCUUCCAGCAGACCAAAGGCCGGCGCGGGGAGGCCGAGAGGAGACUGCUUCUGGUGGACUUCAGCAGCCAAGCCCUGUUCCAGGACAAGAAUUCCAGCCAGGUCUUGGGUGAGAAGGUCCUGGGUAUCGUCGUGCAGAACACCAGAGUGGCCGACCUCCCAGAGCCCGUGGUGCUCACCUUCCAGCACCAGCCGCAGCCAAAGAACGUGACUCUGCAGUGCGUGUUCUGGGUUGAAGGCCCCACAUUGAGCAGCCCGGGCAGCUGGAGCAGCACUGGAUGCGAGACCCACCGGAGAGAGACCCAGACAUCCUGCCUGUGUGACCAUCUAACCUACUUUGCAGUGCUGAUGGUCUCCUCCGUGGAGGUGGACACCGUGCACAAGCACUACCUCACCCUGCUGUCCUACGUGGGCUGCGUCAUCUCUGCGUUGGCCUGCGUCCUUACCAUUGCAGCCUACCUCUGCUCUAGGAGGAAGCCCCGAGACUACACCAUCAAGGUGCACAUGAACUUACUUCUGGCCGUCUUCCUGCUGGACGUGAGCUUCCUGCUCAGUGAGCCGGUGGCCCUGACGGGCUCCAGGGCGGCCUGCUGUGCCAGCGCUGUCUUCCUGCACUUCUCCCUGCUCGCCUGCCUCACCUGGAUGGGCCUUGAGGGCUACAACCUCUAUCGCCUCGUGGUGGAGGUCUUUGGCACCUACGUCCCUGGCUAUGUGCUCAAGCUGAGUGCUGUGGGCUGGGGCUUCCCUGCCUUCCUGGUGAUGCUGGUGGCCCUGGUGGAUGUGAACAACUAUGGGCCCAUCAUCCUGGCCGUGCACAGGACUCCGGAGAGCGUCAUCUACCCGUCCAUGUGCUGGAUCCGGGACUCCCUGGUCAGCUACGUCACCAACCUCGGCCUCUUCAGCCUGGUGUUUCUGUUCAACCUGGCCAUGCUGGGCACCAUGGUGGUGCAGAUCCUGCGGCUGCGCCCGCACACUCAGAAAUGGCCGCAUGUGCUGACGCUGCUGGGCCUCAGCCUGGUCCUUGGCCUGCCCUGGGCCUUGGUUUUCUUCUCCUUUGCCUCUGGCACUUUCCAGCUUGUCGUCCUCUACCUCUUCAGCAUCAUCACUUCCUUCCAAGGCUUCCUCAUCUUCCUCUGGUACUGGUCCAUGCGGCUGCAGGCCCGGGGCGGCCCGUCCCCUCUGAAGAGCAACUCGGACAGCGCCAGGCUCCCCAUCAACUCGGGCAGCACCUCUUCCAGCCGCAUCUAGGUCACCAGCUCAGCUGCCCCGUGUGAGGAUGUGGAGCUGACCACAAUCCCCGGCCUGGUCCUGACUGAGAAGGCCGCGGACCCUGGAGGGAUGGGCUGUUGCCCGGGUGACUAGACCUGACCUUGGGGACGACUCAGCUCCCAGAUCUGACCCCCAAAGGGCUCAGGUGUGCACCACCACUCUGGCUGUGGGACUGUCCUGUCGCUACAGCAGUCGCAGCCUGGCGCUAAAGCCUUGUCUUUCCCGACCUCACUCCCUUGCUGGCGGUUGGGACCUGCAAGCCUCAGGGUCAGGCCUGGGGCAUUGGAGACCUGGCACAUCUUACCUCUGUGGCCUUGUCCAGGACAAAAAUGUGGCUACAGCCGCUGUGUGCCUGGUGGUCACUGUGUAGGAUCCUGCAGCCCCAGUCGUUCUAAUCCCCGGGGGCACGUUGGGCAGAUUGGGUGGGGAAGAGCCCCCAGGAAGAGGGGCCCCUGGAGCACAGCAGCAUUCACCUAUCUCUGCGCCCAGGCCCCUGUCCACCAGCUCCUAGGCUUCCCUCUUCCUUCCCUCCACUCCCUCCUUCCCUGCGGUCACCCUAGUCCUCUCCCAACACCGAGCUUUCCCGUUUGGGGCAGCGGUUCCCAAGAGCUGCCUGGUGCCUGCUAUAAACUUUUGUCUACUGCCCAGGCCUGCACCUGUCCCUGGUUGGGCUCAGCAUGGACACCUGGGCUGUGCUGGGUCCCUCUGUGGGGGCCUCUCUCCGAGCUGAGCCUCACCCUGAUUUACACCUCAGAGAGGCCGUGGCCUCUGCCGAAGCCUUCCUGUGGCCAGAAUUGUGGGACGUAGCAGUCUAGUCUUGUUCUUCUCCCAGCACUUGGAAGACUGAGGUGUCCUGUGGUGUCCUGAGGUCUCCUGGUCUGGACUUGACUCCCCUAAAGGAUCAUCUCUGAAUCCUUGCAAGGGGCCCCAGACAUGCUCACUGCCCGUCAUGGUGAAUUCUACCCAACAAACAUACACUGGACAGUUACCAGCCUGUGCGAGGCGAUAGGGACACAGAUGACCAGAUCUGGACACGCCUCUGACAAACUUUCAGCCUAACGUGUGAGCUCCAGGCAUAGGUGGGGGGACCGCCAUUCCUGGCUGGGAAUCCAGAGAGACUCCCUGCAGGAGGUGGCAUUAGAUCUUGACCUCAGCCAUGAAAAUGGGGAGGAUGUGUUUUUUAGUACUUACUCAUUUGUCUUUUGAUAUGAAAAAUAAGUACAUGUCUGUUGUAGAGGUUUUGGAAACUGUAGAAGAUUGUGAAGAAGAAAAAUAAAAGUCAGCUCUUGUUAUUGUCUAAGAAA